UCUUGCCGCGGCAGAGAGACGAGAAAGAGCGGCGCCACUAACGCUGCAAUUGCGAAGUGCCGCCCAUCCUCAAGGAUUUACAGGUUGCUGCAUUGUUUGAGAGGGUGGGUAGCCAUGUCGUUGGCGAAGAUGGGCAGCCUUCGAGGGGCUCUCCUCGGACGCAUCGCCGCAGCGCGAAUCUCCCAAGCUCUGUCUCACGGAAGCGAUCUCUCGGCCACGUCCGGCCAAUAUGCCGUUCUCUGGAGAUUUCGUAACUUUGCCUCCAGUGCGCAAGAUGGUGAUGGUGGAAGCAACGGUGGGGGUAACCCUGAAGAUAAAGGACAGUGGCGUAAUUGGGUGGAGCAAAGACUGAAGGCGAAGGGAGAAGGUCAAUCAGCUUCUCGGGAUGAUCUGCACUCGCCUUCAGAGAUUUCAGUUGGAGGUACAUCAGCAAAUGGCGCUUUUGGUGGUUCUCAAAAUCUCGCAGCAGACCCUCAUCCUGUUGAUCUACCCAUGGAUGACUUUGAGUUACGUGUGCUGGGCAUUUCACCAAAGAAAGAUGACGGAGAGGACGAUGACCUUUUGCGAGAGCUGGAAGAGUUAGAGCGUUCUGCCUCUUGGAGGGCUGCCGGGCCAACUAAUGGGAUGGAAGGUGGAUUAGAGGCGGGAGAUGAUGAAGAGGAUGACGAUGAUGAGGAAUGGGAGGAUGAAAGAGGGCAGGUGCUUAGUGAUGCUGCUCUUUCGGCUAUUGUUGACUACGACUUAGAUGAUGAGCAGCGCCCUUACCAGUUUCGACCGAACCGGCUCUUCUUUCCAGGGCAGACAUAUGACCCCGAGGAUCUGGAUCUGUCAAAGAAACCGGAGGAACUGGAGAAGCCACCUCCGCGUUACAAGCGGCGAUAUGAUAAUAACGAAGUGCUUCAGAGAGCUGAUUUCAGAAACCCCCGUUAUUUGUCUAAUUUUAUUUCGGAGACAUCAAGGAUUCUUCCAAAGAGGAGGAGCUCUUUGACUGCCAAAGCACAAAGGAAGGUGAUCAGGGAAAUCAAAACUGCCCGUGCUUUUGGCCUUAUGCCUUUCACGUCGAUGGGUCGCCCCCCUUUCCGUUUUUUGCGAUCGAGGUUGGAUGAUGAAGAUACCAAUAAUUGAAAUUAUUAGUCUAUACUUGGAAAAUGUGUGGGAACAGUUCAAACUUUUUGUCAAAAGAGAGCUUUGUCUAGGUUUCGUAUCUACACUCAAUCUUUAGCAGCAGGGGUUUAGCCUCAGUAGGAGAGUGCAGACUUCUUCUAUUGAUGCCUUGCGAUUGUAAUGGCUCAUGUUUACGCUGCAGGGUUGUCCCACAGUGAAUUCCGAUACAUCCUACACAAUACUUAACGUUAAAUCGGUUAUGGAAGUUUUAAUUUGAGUUCGAAACA